AGGAAACGGGUGUACAUGCAGUCACGUUGGUCUGCCUCUGUGUAGAUGAAACAGCAGGCAGAGAACAAGGAGCUCCGUGGGCACGGGUAUCAAAAUCAAGUCCAGUUGGAGGCUUGGUUUCUGGCUGAGUCACACACUUCUUCAAUAUGGGAGGUUGAUGUUUCACCUGGACCCGUGUUCUACAGCACUAGACAUCCGGCCUUCAGCAGAACGCAUGCCUGGGAUGGAAGCAAUUGUUUAGUUUAUCUUCUCUCCUUUUCAUCCUUGGCUAGGAUCGCUGAUUCCUAGCAGUGUAAUCCAUCAGGAGUUUUUUCUGAGGGAUCUUGAAAGCACCAGGACUUUAAACUCUCCUGAACUCUGUGCUGGCUUGGCUCUGGUUUCUUGGUGUCUUUGAUAGCAUUGGCCCUAGAAGCAGCUUGUCUAUUAGGAACCUGAGCCAUUCAUUUGCCCAGGAGGCAGCCCCUUCAGUUUCAAUGUAGUGUGAGAUGGGAGAGAUGUGGCGAUGUAGUGUGAGACAGAAAAGAUGUUACACAACAUACAGGGAUUAUCAUACACACUGGUAAAUUAAGCAGCACUGACUAAUUUGCGUGCUUCAAGUACUAAUGAUAAUAUUUUUUAAAAUGCUGCAUCUGGCUUGAUUAAAAGCCUCAGGGGUUUGUUUUAAAACGUCACUUUGAGGCGCUGUGAGCCUGUGUGGAGACGGGUAUUUGAUUGUGGCUGAUUUGGGCGAGUGGGACCCCUCUGCUCACAAUGGGGAUGUCCCAGGGAACCUAUACCUUCCUGACCUGCUUCGCUGGCUUCUGGCUCAUCUGGGCGCUGAUCGUCCUGCUGUGCUGUCUGUGCAGCUACAUGCAGCGACGGGUGAAGAGGAGGCGCGAGGAGAGACUCAGAGAGCUGACCUUGCGCACGCUGGAGAUGGACGCCCUGGCGUAUCGGGGAUACCCCCACAGGGAACCCCCCGGCGCCUGGGAAAACGUACACGAAGUGAUCGGGAAGCCCCCUUGCUAUGAGGAAGCGGUGAUGAUGGAAGACCCCCCUCCCCCUUACACUCAGGUCCUGGCCGACACCCGGGGGGGCGUUUACACCAAAGCUGCUGCCGGGGGGUUCCGGAAACACCAGGACCCCGAAACAAACAAGCCCCUCCCUGAGCCAGUCCUCACGGAGCAUCCCUACACCUCGUCCAUACACCAGCCUGGAGCGGGACAGUGGAACUCCCUGGGGACACUGCUGUCCACUGCAGAUCUGAACCGCACCGACCUCCCGGCUGAGAGCACCGGAGCUCUGCCCGCUGCCUUCCCAGUCAUAGGCAGGAGCACGGCAGUGUGAGGAGGGCAAGGUUACCCCUGAGAGGGAAGCUAGCCCCCUACCGGACGACUUUGAGUAGGGGGGUGGGGCAGUUUAAUUGUGUUGUCAAAAUGUCACCUGGACCCCCAUGUGAGAAACAGCAAUGAAAGUGCAUUCAAUUGGGACAGGGUGUUGCCAGUGUCGGGUAAGCACUCUGUGACUAGAGCGAAUAAUACAAAUUCAGUGAUUGUGAUGUUCCGCUUCUGUUACAAUGAAAUUAAUACAGUGAUCUUAAAUUGCAGGUGCAGUGCACAAGUGAAUCUGCAAGUUGCAAUGCAUUGUCAUUAUUAGUCUAACUACUUUAUAGUAUAGACACAAGGGGUCUGGUGUGGCUGAAUAUGGUUAACAUUUCCAGUACGCUAGUGACAAGUUAAGGUAAAGAGGAGAUGUGUUCAAAUCCCAAAGGUUUCUGAAAAGUUUUUGUAGCUUGUAAAUAAAUCGAUCAGUAAAGUGCAUUGGAUUGCAGGAUCAGUCCUUGAAAGGAGUUUCUACUUCAGAGCCACAUGCUUUGUUUCUGCAGCACAUUAUCUAUAUGCUCUUAAAUAACCUUUUGAUGGAUGUUUUCGGUUUUGUUAUCAGUUUUACAGAUGAGAUUUCCGCAUCCCUUUCAUAUUUACAUGUGCUUGCCUUCGAGACACUUCCUCUAAAGACUGCCCAGUCGCCUUCUCCGUCACGCAGCUUUCCUCUAUGCCAAUGCAAACAAUCUCGCUAGAAACCAAAAUCUCAAAGCACACAGACAACGCAGCCAGACUGAAGACAAGCACUGAACAUCGAGGUACUAAAACCAGUGUAAAUCAUUCGAAACCUUACAGGAAAGGUAAAGAAGGUGGUCCCGGGGGGAGCCAGGAUCAUGCCUCUGCUUUGUGCAGCUGCUGUGCAGGUCCAGUGAUUCAGUGUGUUCCGCUGUAGCGUUACCAGACAGUAUGCACACCCUACCCAGUUUAUUUAUUGCACUCAGUAUCAGACGGGUUAUUGCGCUGCUCUUGUUUUACUGCCGUCUCCAGUUUUUGCUGGUUCAUUCCACUCCAUUAGCAUUCCAUUAGUUCAGUUUGGCAGAUGCUGUUUUCUGCACUGCCAUGCAGGUGAACAGCCACACGCUCUCCCAGACAGAUGUGUGCGCUCACAAUGGUGUAGCUUAUUUAUUUUUCCAUGAUGAAUGUUAGCGAUUGACUUUCCAGAUUCCUAAAACUAAAACGCUAGUGUGAUUGUGUUCUGGAAAAAAAAAAAAUGUUUAACCAUAAAGGAAACUGUUUCUGUUUCGGCCUUCACUCUGUGUUUCAUGUUUAUGCCUGAAUGUUCCCAGAGUGUGUUUUAUACUAUUUAAUAAUACCUGCUGCCCCUGUGAGAGCUACAUAGUUCACGACCUGUAUGAUUCAUGGAAUUAUUUUGUUAGCUGAAUAGACUGCAGCUGGCAUAAAGACGAGUGGCAUAAUGCAGACCCAACUAAACAACAUUCCCAGCAUCUGUGCCCAGAAUAGAGCGAUCCUCCCUCUAUAACAGCUCUUGUACUUCAUGCUGCAGCACUGGUCUUUUCAUUUAAAAGGAGUGCUAGCCAAUAUUCUUACAUCAGUUUUCUUAGCUGUUGUUAGCGGAAGCAAUGAUGUCACAGGCCUUUGUGCUUCAGGUUGGAAUAUGCUGACAUUUCUUGUCCAUAGAAGUUGCUGCUGCUUCCUGGAACAGUCAUGUCAUGCAAUCAGUCCAUGAAUUUGAACAUCCUAUAUUCUUGUAAGAGAACCAAAAUCUAUGAAUUCAAGUGUAUGACUAAGGUGGCUUAAUUAAAAUAUUUUAAAAGCCCACUGUUAAUUUGCAGGUCCAGGCGUGCGGUUAUUGGACUAUAUUGGAACACCUUUCGUGUGUUAUUGCUUUCAUGGAACUGGUGAAAUUGCUGGUCACUCAGUCCUAUAUCUGGGUAAUUUGAUCAUUUUAAGAAUGUAGUUCCGUGACAAUCCAUUGAAAUUUUAUUAUUCCAGUAUUGCUCUUGAAUUUUUAACUUUUAGCAUAAAAAACUUUAGUGAGGAAAUAAAUAAAAGGAUGUGCCCUUG